CUACAUUCACUACCAUGGCAUUGAAAGUCCUGUCAUGGUGUACAUCAGCUCGUUGUUUGCUGAUUCUGGUGUCGAAACCAGAUCCUGUUUCAUCAUCUGCUGCAGGCCAGUGCUGGGACAAGUGAGUGACAUCAGCCGCGAUCAUGGAGGACUCGGGUUUGUAUAGGAAAAAGCUUGACAGCACUUGUGAAUUCAUUGCCAUUAAGGAAGAGAAUAUUAAAGAUAUUGAUGAGGAGGAUUACCAGGUUGAAAAAAAAUCUAUUAAUGAUAUAGAACAAGAUGAUACUAUCUAUAUCAAGAUUGAAUAUGAAAGUUCUGUGUCUAAAGAAGUUAAAAGUCUUAUUGAGAAAUCAGUUAAAAAAUAUUCUGAAGAGGAUUUUUAUAGAGAGAAUGUGACCUCUAUAGAGACUGAAUUGGAAUGUUUAGUAUCUGAAGAUGCCAAAAAUCUUGGAAGAGUAUCAACUAAAAAUGUCCCAAAAGAAGCAGUAGAGCAUGCAGAUGAAGAAAAUAUUAUCUAUAUAAAAACAUCAGGAAAAGUAGAUGUAAAACAUGAAAAUCCAUUACAUGAAAAAUUCAAAAUUCAAGGAGAGGAAGCAGUUGACAAUGACUCUGACAUUUUGAUGUGUGAAGAUGUAGAUCCAUUGUCAUCAGCAGUGCCAUUUUCAACUGAAACUUGUGAGAGCACAUGCUCAUCAGAAGGUCAGGUGACACAUGAGAAAGGUGAUGAAGAGAAAACACACAGAAAAGUGGAUGCAAAAGGGGAAAGUUAUGUUUGUGACAGUUGUGGCAAAAGUUUCAACAAAAAAAGUAAAAUAGUAGAACAUAUGAGAGUGCAUACAAAAGAAAAACCUUUUAGAUGUGAGGUUUGCACUAGAGCAUUUGCCCAGAAAAAUAAUCUCAUAGCACACAAGAGAGUACAUACAGAUGAGAAGCCAUAUAGCUUUGAGAUAUGUAGUCAUGCAUUUUCUCUUAAGACCACUCUUAUUAAACACAUGAAAGUACAUACAAAAGAGAAGCCUCAUGAAUGUCAGGUUUGUUGUAAAGCAUUUGCUCGCAAAUGUGAUCUAAAGCAGCAUAUAAGAGUACAUACAAAGGAGAAGCCUUAUGUUUGUGAUAUAUGCAGCAAGGCUUUUACUGUGCAUACUAAUCUAGUUUUCCACAUGAGAAUACAUACACAGGAGAAGCCAUAUACCUGUCCAGUUUGCAACAAAGGAUUCUCACGAAAACAAUUUCAAGUGGACCACAUGAGAGUACAUACAAAGGAGAAGCCUUUUACCUAUGUAUUGAUAUUGACCACUUAA